AUGGGUGCCCUCUGCAAGCUGGUCGACGCCGCCCUCUUCGUCUUCUUUCUCUUCAUCGCCGUCGUGGCGCCGCUCAUCGAUGGCCAGACGUGCCUCCCGGAGCACCUCUUUCCGCCGUUCCUGUUGGAGCUCAAGAGGUCGUACGCACAGGAGUACGGAGACUACCUGGUCGCCGAGAAGCCGCAUUUCUUCAUUGGGAUUGUUUGGCUCGAGCUUAUUUUCCAGUGGCCUCUCGCCGUCGCCAGUGUCUAUGGAAUUGUUGCAGGGAAAUCUUGGCUGGGCACCGCCUGUUUAUUGUAUGGGGCUUCCACUUUGACUUCCAUGGUUGCCAUAUUAGCUGAGCUCUCAUUGUCCAACCGAGCAUCUGACCAGCUGCUAAUGAUGUACUACCCGUUUUUGGGGUGUGCCCUUCUAGCUUUGUUGCGUGGACUGCUGGCUAAUUCGGGCAAGAAUGCAGCAGUCGGGAAAAGAUCUGUCCCACACAGGAAAAAGAGGGCUUAA